AUGCUAAUCGUAUCCCUUAGAGAGGAACAUUUUGGUGUCACGUUUCCAGAACCUUGCAUAAGACUUCUCAAAGCACUUGCGUCAGAUAAACCUGUUUGUGCAAUUGUACCUCCUGUGAGAGAGGUGAAGGAUUUGUUGAUCAGAAUUGCCAACGGAGCAAAUCCAAAGGACAAUCCAUUGUCUGAUUUACAACUUUUGCACGAACAGGUCCCCCUCUUGUUUUGUCUUUGCAAUCAUUUUGCAGAGCUGCCAAACCCCAUACGUGUUUUGUGUGGGGAAAUGGUCGCCAAAGCGUCCAGUCCUUUUACUGACCAAAACGGAGCUGGUCAUUUAGAUGAUUGUGCCAAAGGCGUUCGUUCAAAGAAGAAGCAUGGGUCUUUAAUUCCUGGGAUAUUCCUUAUUUUAUGUCCGCACGGUAUUUGUUACGGCUUUCAAGUGAUGCCCGAUCAUGAAUCACCCAAUGUUCCUUUUACCAUUUUAAGAACUCGAUUUUCUGAAGCUCCUGAACUAGUGAUCUAUGACAACGCGUGCAAACUACACGAGUACUGCCUUAACCGCGAUCCUGCUUUUUUUAAAAAAUCCAAAUUCAUCGUCGACAAGUUUCAUUGGAGAAACCAUUCUGGUUGCUCUGAGGGAUACGAUAUUAAUAGAUAUCCCAUUUUAAAAACGCACAACAGCCAAGCUGCAGAGCAGUGUAACUCUGUAAUGAAGCCACUUGCGUCAAUGGUUUCAUACAUGGAAUAUGACAACUUUUUGCUAUUUUCGAAAUUGUAUAUUUGGUACAGAAACAUGUUGCGCAUAAUAAAAUGCAAUCCUGGACGGGAUGUUCCAGAGAGGGAAACGUUUCUUGCAAUCAGCAAUAUUAUCAGAUAAGUAGUAUUUGAAAACCAGUAUUAUUUAAUUGGGAACCAUGUUGAAACGAAAUGCUAACACUUUGGAACAAACAAAAAAAGUCUAAGUAA